GAUUUUGACUUUGUCUCGGUAGGGGGAUGUCAGCUGAAAGCGCCGACCUGGCAACCCUGGUGGCAAAAUGCACCUUGAGCUGUAGCGAUAAAGGCACGACUCAGUGAGGCGUCCUCGCUGCUGUUCAUUUAGCUCAGAGGGACAGAGGAGGAACGGGAAUACAGCACUUUGACCAAGCUAUGUCGAGCAGGUAGAAACUGUCUGACGGAAGCCGCUAACAUGAGCGACAAAGCCGAGAUGAGAGGGCCCGUAACCCGCCGGAGGAGGACGACCAUCUCCGUCGGUGGGUCCGUCGGCGUGAAACAAGCCAACGGGAAUAACAAGGGGCACGAUGUCAGGGAGAAGGCUCCGCAGCAUCCCGCCAAGGCGAAAAAAGAAGCGGAGGCGUCUAAACACGUUAAUGACAACGGGAAGGUGGAGGGAGAGAGGGGGACGCCGGGGCUCGGUAAUAAUAGCAAUAAUAACAAGAAGAAGAAGCAGAGGAGCGCAGUGGAAGACAUCAGCGACAGACUCAGCUGUCACGUUCUGCAGGAGUCUCUCUUGAGCUCGGCCAGUGGCUACAGCAACUACAGAGGAAUCCUCAACUGGUGUGUUAUCAUGCUGGGGUUGAGUAAUGCACGUCUCUUCUUGGAGAACAUUAUAAAGUAUGGCAUCUUGGUAGACCCUAUCCAAGUAGUGUCUCUCUUCUUAAAGGACCCCUAUAGUUGGCCAGCAGCUUGCCUAAUCAUUGUGUCCAAUGUGUUCAUCUUAGCAGCCCUGUACACAGAGAGGCGUCUGGCUGUAGGCACCAUCUCUGAAACUACAGGACUGAUGCUUCACGUUUUUAAUUUGACAAGCAUCUUGAUCUUUCCAUCAGUCACAGUACUCACUUUGAACUCCAUAACUCCAGUGGGCGGUGUGCUCUCCCUAUUGGUCUACACAGUGCUGUUUCUCAAGCUCUUCUCCUACCGAGACACCAAUCGGUGGUGUCGAGAAAUCAGACAAGCCAAAGUCAAAAGACUGACACGAUCGUACUCAUGUCCUAAUGUGGCACAAUCCAAUGGGUCAGCUGUCCAUACUCACGUCUCAUACCCAGGAAACCUCACACACAGAGACAUGUACUACUUUGUCUUCGCCCCGACUCUCUGCUACCAGCUCAACUUUCCACGGUCUCCGCGGAUACGCAAAAGGUUCCUAUUGAGAAGACUUUUUGAAAUGAUUUUCUUCAUGCAGUUGUUGAUAGGAUUAAUACAGCAGUGGAUGGUUCCCACUAUUCAGAACUCAAUGAAGCCGUUCCAGGAAAUGGACUUUUCUAGGAUGGUCGAGCGCCUGCUGAAACUAGCUGUCCCUAACCACCUGAUAUGGUUAAUAUUCUUCUAUUGGUUUUUCCACUCUUCUAUGAACUUCAUGGCAGAGCUGCUGCAGUUUGGAGACAGGGAGUUCUACAAGGACUGGUGGAACUCUGAGAGUGUCACGUAUUUCUGGGCCAACUGGAAUAUCCCGGUGCACAAGUGGUGCUUGAGACACUUCUAUAAGCCGAUGAUGAGGAAGGGUGUCAACAAGUUUCUGGCUCAAACCGCUGUCUUCCUGGUUUCUGCCUUUUUCCAUGAGUACCUUGUGAGUGUUCCUCUGAAGAUGUUUAGACUGUGGGCCUUUAUGGGAAUGAUGACUCAGGUUCCUCUGGCUUGGUUCGUGGGUCGCUACCUGAAUGGAAACUACGGCAACGCGGCCGUGUGGAUCUCGCUCAUCAUCGGGCAGCCUGUCGCCGUGUUGAUGUACGUCCACGACUACUACGUCAUUCAUUACGGGAGCACUACCAUGGACUAGGCCAGCGCAGACGGACACAUUCUCCUGCACACAUCUGCACCGAACGGCAUGCAGGACGAGCCGAUGAAACAAUGUAGGGCAAGUUAAGUGGACGAUAUAAAGCUAAUGUGACGACGUCGCAGGAAAAUAGUUCGUUUGUAUGUGUGCUCUCCAGAGAAAUAGACCAAUGUUUCACGAUGUUUCAGUGUUUCAGGAAAUGAUCUCAGAUAUACCAGCGGCACAGGAGGUGCUUGGUGUUGAGCUCUGGUCUAUGAUCAUAGGCUAAACUUUAAAUCUUUGAAAACACCAUCACCAGUAUUAAACAUUUAAUACUUUGUUAGAAGUCUGAUUUUACUCAAGCAACUUCAAAACUAUUCAGAAGUUUGAACACCGCUUACAACCAAGCACUCCUCUUGCGUUGUGGAUGUUUAAAAAAUAAACACGCCGCCUGGUGCAACAAAUGUGAAUCACUGCCGAGCGAGCAUAAGCUAGAACAGAGUCCUGCCUCCACAGAGCCAAUAGGAAAAUCUUGUUUCUAUGUCCGUGGCCGAGAAGCCACUCUCUUCAUGCAUCCAAAGGUUUGUUUGGGGUUUCAGCUGAACGUUUCAAAAAUUCCAGUCGUCCAUUUAAGAUGCCCUUUCGAAAUGACAUUUUAUAUACGUGCCCGGUACGCAGCUGAAAUCCCUCUCUAUUUGAUGCAAUACAGCUUCAAGAAUUAUAGACGUUAUGUUAAAUGGAUCUUAAAAUGUCUGAAGGAAGAACGGAUCCUGCUCCAAAAACAGGAGCCUCAUCUACGAUCACUGAAAGCUCUUAGUGUAACAGUACAUGCCACAUGUGUGUUAUUUGCCUUGGCUUUGUUGUCUUUUGUCCGCACCUCAUUUGAGUCAUCAAAUGCUUUAUUUUAUACUUUGUUGGUAUAACUGUAUGCUGUUAAAUCGUGCCAUCUUGAAAUUAUUAUUUGUUGCAAUAUGUUUUCAAUCAGUUAUUUAAAGCAGUAUUUGAUUUACAGAUUUGAACCAAUGAAUGUUCUUUUGCACUUUAAAGAGAUGCAUGCUGUUGACUAAAGCCAUAGAUUUGGGUCUGGAUGUAUUCUUUAUGUUUAUAUCAGUCAUGUGAAGGAAACUUGUUUUGUUGGAAUCAUCUGUAAUUUGCUUGGUGAUAUUUAGUUAUGUUGCUGGCUAAGUUCAUGUUGUUUAAAGGUGAAACAGAAGCUGCUGUAAUAACAUAGGAAAUUCAAUCAGCCUCUAAACUAUUCAUGUUAGAUGUUUCACAGUAUUUAUUAUAAAUUCUAAAAAGGUGUAUCGGUUCGACCUGAGCCUUGCCAUAUAACAAUUUGUAAGAAGGAAGUUCUAUUUUAUUUUCAGCCUGUUUUCCUCCACACAGCGAGCGUUAACUCGACACAAUGAAUUGGAACCUGUUUUAUUUUUAAAAUAUUUGCCCUGUAUUCUUUCCUUACUGGUCACAUUUCAGGGAAAAUAGUUGUCAAACUAAAACAGCACUCCUUAUUGAAAAUAACAAGUGCCUGCUGUAAAGAGUAGUGGCAAUAGUUUUGAUGCCAAAUACGGGACAUGUGGAAUAUAUUGCAGGAUGUGUACCACUUUAUUUGGAAUAUUUUAAACCUCAAUCAACCUUUAAAAUCUGUGACUUUUUUUGUCUCAAUUACUAAAUUAUAUUUUUAUGAACAGCUUUAUUGACAUAUAUCUGAUCACUUAGCUGGUAUUUCAAUGAACAAACGGCACCUUUCUGAUGUCCACUGGUCAGGCACACAGUCAUCAACAAACAUGUCAAAAAGCUGUGAAUUUUAUGAUGAAGUUAGUGUGUGGUGUUUGUGACAGACACCUGAGUUGAUGUCUGACAAUUAUUCUUGAAGAAUCGCAUCAUGUUUACCAAACUGACAGUCUGAAUAUCUACAUGUCAAGAGCUGCUAUAUGGUCAUCUUUUAAUGGAAUACAAAAUGCAGUCAUUGGAUGGAAACACUGACCAUUGUGUUAAAGUGAACGGGGAGCGUCACCACCACAGCUUUUCAUAUAGCAUGUAAUCUAUUCUUGAGUUGAAAAUGUAGCUUUCAUUUUUUUUUUUUUUUUUGCAAGAGUUAUUUUUGUGAUUAUUAGACGCAACAUGUCAAAUGAAUGUACUGCUGUUUUAGUUUAUAAUGUGUAAAGAAAUCCAAAGUGAGAUUAUAUGUUUUGGGAAUGCAAACAAUUUUCAUAACAUUUCACAUGAAAAUAUUUGUGCUGUUUGAUAAAGAGAGUUUAUAGCCAAAGA